AUGACGACCGUGACUUGUCUCCAUGCGGCCGUUGCCCAAAAGUCGUAUGGGCACGAGAAACGUUUCCUGUGUCCUCCGCCCCUCGUCCGAAUCGAUUCUCCGAUCCGAAGUAUUUCGGAGCAGCGCCUGACAAUGUCGGUUGUCACUGAAGAUGGGGCGCGCCUCGCGGAACAGAGCAGCACUAUUGAUGAGCAGCUGCAAUUCAAGUAUCUCCAUGUGGGCGGCGCAUCUACUAAAUCCAAGAGUUUCCAUCUUUCCCUCGAGAUCUCAGGUCCAAUUCCAGCCCCUUCCCACGAACCAAGUUCGGCGGUACCUGCACUCCGAACUUGGGCGUCUUUCGAAUCAGCCCCUGUCACGAUUAUAUCAAAACCUUCAAAGAAAACGGCAAAAACACGCAAUGUCUCAACUUGCAUUAUGGACGGUAGUUCUAUUUCACUCUUCAACCGAAUCAACUCCCAAACUGUCCGCACUAAAUACAUGACAGUCGACCGGGCUGAAUUGGCAGCUUCCAAUGCUUCCUGGUCGGCUUUCAGGGUGCAGAUUCUGGACGAUGAGCAUGGGAAUCCCAUCGAUCCUAGCCAGUCACUGGCGGGAGCAUCGCGAAAUGGUCCACCUCCUCAACGACCGAUUCAUUAUGGUUCGCGCAUCGUGCUCACAGAUGAGGCGACCGGCAUUUCCUCUGAACCUCUUAUCGUUCGAAAAGUCGACAAAGGAAAACUCUCACGAAGUGACACUGGAGGUCUCGUAAGCCAGAUGCAAAAGGUGGCGUUGCAACGAGCAUCUACGAAUUCGGACAUGCCAUCGCCCACUGGUUUAUUCCUUUCAGCCGGGCGCCUUCCCCUUCCCGUACAUGCAGCGGACCGUAGCUCCAUUUCGAUGAGUACCUCCCACGCUACGCCUGAUGGCAAGGCGAUUGCAUCCGCUCAUCCGCUUACGUAUCAAGCUCCCAGAAGCACUGGAAACGCUGGUGGUGUUGACGAGGUUGAUGAUUUCCUGUGUUGGACAGUUGUCGGAAUCGCUGAAUAUCACUACACUUUUUUCGAUGCGUCUACAACUCACCCUCCCUCCAUUGUUCCACACCGCCCCAUCACACCUUUUCCGGUCUCUGCGAACGUCCCUGCACUUCCCCCUUCUGUCAACCGAUUGGAAUUGGAUGUAUUUAACUUCUAUUCUCCUGAUCCGAUCACGGGUGCUCCCAUACCCAUGGAAGUAUGGAUUGGGACUGUUGGUCCUCUAACGGUUCGGAUUCAGCCUGCCAGUACGCCACCGUACAAUGCGCAGUUCGACAUGACUGGCCACUCACUUGGGCCUGUUGACUCCCACGCUGGUCCUAGUCUUUCUCACGGUCAGGAUCCAGGAGCGACCCCAAAUCUUGCAAUGCAUCGUGUUCCUCCCAACCUCACUUCCAUUUCGGUUGACUUGCCCACGCCCCAAGACGUUCUAAAUGCGAUCAUGCAGAGAGAUGCGGAUGGCUUAACCAUACCAGGUCCAACUCGGGCAAGAGGUUCUGGCUCCCCUUCUUCAUCCAGUCCAGCGCCGUCUGGGAGCAGGCCCGCCCCCGGCACUCAUUCAGCUUCAUUCCCUGUCCGAGAGAGCGAUGCUAUGCCUUUCUCUCCCGCUUUGUCCGGAAGGAGUCUUCCUAUCUUUUUUGUGCGACCCUAUGACCGAGUUGGGUACAUGUCAGGCUAUUCGCUCGCUUGUGAGAGUAUCUAUGCGGGUCCUCUGCCGCAUGGUACCGGCGCGGAAGCCAGUCAACCCGCCGCGUGGGGCUUCCGUGUUAUUUGA